CUCCACUUACACCACCGCUCAGCCAAUAAUCCCUGGCCAAGACCCGCCCCUCCAAUCAGCUACGUCCCGCUCCUCCUCGACCAAUCGGCGCCCUAGGCCUCUGCGCCCCGCCCCCUUCCUUCAUGUGGCGCCUGCGGCGGCCACCGCCCGCCAGAGGGCAAUGAGGCAGGGGAGACGGGGCAGGCCCCACCUCCUUUGCCCUCCCUGCCCUCCCAUUGGCCGGUGCGUCGGGCAGGGGGCGGGGACCAAACUGGAGGCAAAGACCAGCCCGCGAGCAGAACGGUGCGACUCUCUUCAGAAGAAGGCGGCGCGUGCCAGGCGGGACCGGUGCGCAGCGCCGAGAUCGAGCUCGGGCUGCCAACCCCGGUCCCGCCGUUGCCAUGGACGGCUUGCGCCAGCGCUUCGAGCGUCUUCUGGAACAGAGGAACUUGGCCACCGAGGCACUAAGGGCGCUCGAAGCCAAGACCGGUGUCGACAAGCGGUACUUGGCAGCAGGAGCCACCACUCUGCUAAGCCUGUAUCUUCUGUUCGGUUACGGGGCACCUCUACUAUGCAAUCUCAUCGGCUUUGUGUACCCCGCAUAUGCUUCGAUAAAAGCUAUCGAGAGUCCAAGCAAGGAAGACGACACUGUGUGGCUCACCUACUGGGUGGUGUACAGCCUAUUCGGGCUUGCCGAGUUCUUCAGCGAUCUACUCCUGUCCUGGUUCCCUUUCUACUACGUGGGAAAGUGCGGCUUCCUGUUGUUCUGCAUGAUUCCCGGGCCGUGGAAUGGGGCUCACGUGCUGUAUCGUCGAAUCAUACGCCCGCUGUUUCUAAAGCAUCACGAGGCCGUGGACAACAUCAUGAGAGACCUCAGCGGGCAAGCCCUGGACGUGGCAGCAGGAAUAACCCGGGACGUCCUGCAGACCCUGGCCCGAAGCCGGGCUCUCAUCACCCCAGCAGCUAUGGUGGUGGGCCCCCCGCUGCUACUGGAGCCAACCCUAGGUAACCCCCACCCCUAGGAACCAAAGUAAGCGUGUCUCAGUUCCAGAAGAACAAGUGAAGUCCCCGCCCAGCCCCCGUGCAGAUAUGCUGGCCGGCCAGCUAAAAGACACCAUGUCCUCUACGGAUUCCUCAACUGAUUCCUCAGAACAGACCCUCACUGUUCCCUUAGCCCCAAGCAAGCCAGCCUCUGGAAAUGCCUCACGUACCACCUUGGGCCUGUCCCAUUCUCAGUCCUGGGCCGCAGGCUCUGCCAAUGACUCCAAGCUGCCUGGCAAAUCCCAGGUCCAGUCUUUCUCAAAAGCAUCUAGGUCAAGAGCCAAUUCUUCCAACCAGCCCCAGGCCUCUGGCCAGCAGAACCCUCAACCAUCCAUCACCUCCUUGGGCCCCUCCCAGCCAGCCCAGCAGUCCUCUGGUUCGGGUUCAGGCUCUGUGCAGCAUCCCAGCCCCUCCUCCAGCCAGCCCCCCCCUACUGUGCCAUCCCCCAAUGGUACCACCAUCCCCGUGCAGCCCCACAACAGCCCCAAUAGACCAGGGGAGUCGCCCCCCAAGGCCUCUAAGUCCAACAAACAUCAGAAGAAGGCCCCAACACAGCUAUCCCCCAGUGGUACCACCAUCCCCAUGCCGCCCCACAACAGCCCCAAUAGACCAGGGGAGUCGCCCCCCAAGGCCUCUAAGUCCAACAAACAUCAGAAGAAGGCCCCAACGCAGCCCCCAACCAGUUCCUCAGUGCACCAGUUACAGCCCCCAACCAGUACCCCAGUGCCCGAGCUAACUGUAUCCUACCUUUCUGAGUCCCCUCUGGAGUACAGCUCAGAGUCCACCACUGAAGUCACCUGCAGGUGGCCCCACCACCACUCCUGGCUCCAGUACCUACAGCACUGCUGGCGCCUGAAACACCUAUCCUGCUAGGAGAGGGCUCAAUAAAGUACAUCUGGCAGA